UUCUGAAAAGAUGGCGGUCAUGCCUUCACCGGGCACGAAGCCGCGGCUAUCUUGACAGUGUUUCCCCGGAGGAACGUGACUUAUCUAUUUACCAGAGAGAAAGGAAAUGACCAGACUAACAUCAAUAGAAAAGGACCUGCUGUACAAUGAAGUUCCAGCUUCGGCAGACGUUUAAGAAAAUUUCCUCGUGGGGGAAGAAAUUUGGCAUUGGCAAUUUAUUUUUUAAAAAAAUCUUUUAAAACCAUAACCUUUCACACGAAAUAAGGCUUGAAUGGGAAAGAGAAGAAAAUACCCCACAACAGCCAGCAAAAACAAACUGGCGGCCAUUUUAGGAUUGGGCAGAUCUGGCCCGUUUCCUGCCACACAAUUCCGUCUCUUUAUUGAAGCCGAGACCGCCAUCUCUAUAAGGGUCACACUAGCUGAAAAUAUAGCGCUAGGACGAGAGUUCGAGCUUUUCUCUCUGCUUCUCCGACCUUUACUCAAUCCUUGCCUUGAGAAGGAGAGAAAGGGAGGAAGGAAGAAAUGGGCAGGAGCGGAAAAGAAAGAGCACCCUGAGGGAUGCCCAAGAAGUUCCAAGGGGAGAACACCAAGUCGGCAGCCGCCCGUGCAAGGAAGGCUGAGGCCAAGGCAGCGGCUGAUGCCAAGCGGCAGAAGGAACUGGAGGAUGCCUUCUGGAAAGAUGAGGACAAACACGUCAUGAGGAAGGAGCAGAGGAAGGAAGAGCGUGAGAAGCGCCGGCUGGAACAGCUGGAGCGCAAGAAGGAACUCCAGCGCCUGCUGGAAGAGGAAGACUCCAAGAUGAAGGGGAAACCACCCAAGCCGCUCGUCCCAGGCAAAGUCACCCGUGCCCAGAUUGAUGAGUCGCUCUGGAAAGACCAGAAGGAGAAUGGAGAUGCCGGGGAGAAGCAGAAGAGUCACCUUGAGGUGCCCUUGGAGGAAAACAUCAACCGGAGGGUCCUGGAGGAAAGCGCUGUGGAGGCCCGGACCAUUGAGGAUGCAAUUGCAGUGCUCAGCGUGGCUGAUGACCUGGACCGCCACCCGGAGCGCCGGAUGAAGGCUGCGUUCACGGCAUUUGAAGAGGUGAACCUGCCCCGGCUCAAGCAGGAGAACCCCAACAUGCGGCUCUCCCAACUCAAGCAGCUGCUGAAGAAGGAAUGGAUGAAAUCGCCCGAGAAUCCCAUGAACCAGAGGCACGCGACCUACAACAGCCAGAAAUAAGACUGGAGAGGUGGGAGGAGAGCCUCCCUUCUCCCCUGCCCCACUGAAUACCUUUGAGGACAGUGGAUGCCAACACAAUGUCCGCCUUCUUGGUUCGACUGGUUAGAGAUCAAAAGGUGCAUAUAACACUCUCUCCCACCCCCUGCCCCGCCGCCUCUUGCUUCCCACCCUCCCUGCUGGACUCCUCAUUAAAUCACCAAAGCCUUUUCCACUUCAUUGGUCUUCUCAGGGCGUGCUUCCAAGCUGCUCCGAGGGGGCUGAGCUGAACUGGCCCCUGCAAUCUGGCAGGAUGCAAGACCCACAAAGAGCUGGACGGGAUCCCCUGGAUAGCCGACUCGGGAUCAAUGAUGCCACUGCUAAUUGCCCUGCUACUCUUUGAGUUUGGCUCUGCAGAUCCAUGCUAUGUAGCACUGUUGUGCUGAGGCUUGUUGGCACAAAUCCCACCAAACGCGCCUGUUGCCUGCCUUGUGACUAGAGGUACCCCUUCCCUUUUCCAGGGGCUGCUCCUUCUCCUGACCCCACGCAGGAAACUUCCUGCCAGCUUAUCCCUUGGGUGGAGCUAGUCACUGUAAGGCGGCAUCAGUUCUGAUUGAGGUGAUUGCAUCUGCGACUGGGCUGCCCUACUUCAGGAAUGCUGGGGUGUGUGCGUGCAUGAAACAUUCCCUUCAUGUGGAAUAUUGGCGAAUCGGGAGAAGGGCCAGCGUUCUAUUUGCUGGGUGUGUGUAUGUGUGUGCAUGUGCAGAGGGGCGUUCUGUCUCAUAAGUCUGCACCUGCCAUCUGAAGUGGUACAGCCCAGACUCAGGUGGAUCACCUCUGAGAAAUGGACCACUGGCUCUUGGCCGUGUGGAUUUACCGCCCCCCACUCAGCCAGUAAUGUCUGCAGGAAGGACCCCUCUUCUGGCUCAAACGGCCAGGUUCCCCCACAAUCCUUUGAGCAGUUCUUGGCCUCUGACCUCCCUGCAGAAGGGAGGGACUUGUCAUUUAAACGCAGUCAGGUCCUUGUGCCCAUUUAUGGCACCCACUGCAUCCUACCUCAGUGUGACGGACAAGGGCCUGAUGCUGGGAAGAGAGAGCCAUGUUUCUCCCUCUCUAGAGAGGCACUGGAGUGCAGGCCCAUCUCUUCUGGCUUCAGUGCUGCUCUCUGCUCAUCUCCGGGUAUCUUUGGAACGGCCUCCCCUCCCCACAGCCCACCAGGCUGUGCUCCCCAUUUCCUGGUGUUCAAGCUCUUGCAACUUUCCUUCCUGCCUUCAUCUCCCAAGUAACCAUUUGGCUAGCUGAAAGCAGCAGAAACAUCUCAGGUGGGGUGGCUUGGUGCUCCUUGCAGCUCUGGAGUCCGAAGCCAUUGCUCCACCCACUGAGCCUGCGGGCUCUCACAUUUGCUGAUUUGGCACUCACAGGCAUCUGCAGGAGAUGCCCAUUUGCAAUCUGCCUUUGUGCAUCUCCCUCCCUUUCACUCGGCAAAUGCAGCUUUCUAGUUUCCAGGCAUCCACUCUGUUGAUGGUUCCUUAAUUGGUUUACCCUUCCUCUCCAUGCUGCAGACAUGGCACAGCUGGGUGGGGUUCUCCUUCUGGCUGCCUUAGUGGGAUGUGGGGUGGUUGCAAGCCACACCAGUGGGGGAAUCCCACCCCUUUGCAUUUAAACGGAGCUGCUCGUCCCGUGCCAUGAGCCACUCUGGAGGCAGAGUUUCACAAACCCCAACACCGGGCUCUUCUGGCACAGAUCAGGGGCUUCUUCUUCUCUUUUCAGUGGAAGUUGCACCUUCUGCUAGAGUCUUUGCUCUUUGCAGUGGUUGACAUGUCUGGGCCUUGGCCGCGGCGGGACCUGCCAAAACAGAGGCUGGGGACUGUGACAGGCAGAAGGUGAUCCCCUCUCGUGGGAUAUCUCUCUCUCUCUCUCUCUCUCUCUCUCUGCCAAUCUCCUCCUUGGAGUCUGCUUUUCCCAGGGUUUCCGUUGCCUGUUCCUCCUCCUCUUGCAGUAGCAACCUUUCCCUCCAUCAUCUUGCAAAUACCAAAAUUCCCCUGGAGCAGCCAAUGGACUCUCUGGGGCGGGAUUUCCUGCCCAGGAGCGAUCCCCUUCCCUUUCUUGGCUCGUGUGGCUCUCCCUCCCCAAGUGUAAGGACCCCCUCCCCACUUCAUCUCUCCUGCCACGCCACCCCAUCUUGCCAGAAGAAACCGGGAACACCUGCAGCAGGGAAGCACGAGGCCGCAAUUACGCCUUUCCGCUCUUGGAGGCUUUUCCGUGACACUCCGAGGGAUGCCACUGCCUCCCCUUCUCUUCAUUAAGCUGGUGAGAUGUAUGCCUGACGAGGGCGCAGCCGGGGAAAGGCACAAGCUGACGAGCUCUGAUUACAGGAUAUUCUUGUUUUUCUACAGAAGGCAGGGCUGCUUCUUGAAUUUGGGAUGGCUCCCUGCCGGAUUUCGGAACAGCGGUGCUGAACAGCUGAAGGAGCUCUGCCUUUGUGGUCCAGACAUCCAGUUGGGUCUUUCCCCCUCUCCAGAGGAAACAUUGGCCCUUCAAUCUAGCCUGGAACCAUCUCUCUUCUCUGCUACCUUCUGUCCAUGCUCUCUGACCCUGAGUGGAGCAAUGCAGCCAGCCAGCCCAACUUCGGCCCUCCAGCUAUUGUGGGGUUGCAGUUCCCAUCAUUCCCAGCCACAGAGGCAAAUAAUCAGGGAUGAUGGGAGUUGUAGUCCAGCCUAGUUGUGCAGCCCUGCCCAGAUAAACCAUCCCUUAAGGAUCCCAGGGUCCUUCUGCAGGGAAAUCUUGGGGUGUUUUUUUUAAAGCCAAACCAACAGUGAUCUACAACUCAACCCAAUUUGUAAGCCAUCCUCCUCAAAGGAAUAAAGUGUUUCAACUGUG